CAUUUGCACCCUUUCGCCCUUGUACUUCCAACUUUCAACACCCACUACACCACAUUAACCUACCUGAAUGAGACUAAAUCGAACUAAGCCUGUUGAGGUCCCUACCCACACCCACUCCACCUUGUCACCUCUGCCGCACCGCCUUACUACCCAUAUCCAAGAUCAUCUUCAAUCAUCGCUCCUUCCCCUACACAUCCAUCUGUACCGGUGCCGACGACCUCGCUCGCUCUGCCGCUGUCACGGUCUUGUUACCGUCACAUACGCCCUACCACGAAACGCAUCCUUCGAUUCGAAGCGUCCCCGUACACACUCGUCACCCGUCACAACUGGUGCGAUCAAUACAUCCCAGAACUCGCAGUUACUCUGGCGACAUCGUCCACCUCACCAUUACGACCCUGAAACCCACGACUGCACACAACGCAGACAUACACAUACCCAAACGCUCCUACCUUUCGCCUACCUAGCGACGGUUGCCUCUCGCGCGAAAGCAAACUCUGGGUCAUCUUAUGUGGAGAUAAGCUGGAGGUCAUAUAGGCAGCUUGCAUGGCACUAUACGGAACCCCGACUUCUACACCUACAACAUCUCGGAUCUUCGCCUUGACAAGCUUUUUGGCCUGACCUCGAAUCACGAUAUUUGCAAUCGCUCUUCACGACCACGGCUGUGAAAAACAAUAAGUCGAACGACGCGGGGCCUUGGCCGACGGCCUUGACACACGGCGGUUGCCAUAUGAUCGGUCGAAAUGAUGGCAGGCAACUUCCAGCAGAUGGGGAAUGCUGGAGGUAAUCCAGUGAUGAUGCAACAAUCACAAGUACAGUUUCAGGCGCAGCAGAGGGCGAUACAAAAUGUGCUCCUUCAGAACAUCCAGCAACAGACACAGACGGCCACCUUAUCAGGAUGGCGCGCCAACAUUCCGAUCACAGAGCGCUUGGGUCAAGUGUGGCAUAUUGUCACCCAGUUACGCUUAACCAAUCCCAAUAAUGUGACACACGACAUACAAAAGAUGUGCGGGUUGGCGUUGAAUUUUGAGAAGGGAGCCUUCGAAAGUGCUGCGGACAGAGAUGCAUAUUUGGCUCAGCUUCGCGACAAACUCGGGCAAUUAACGACGGCACGAAAUCAAAUAUCAAUGAACGCACAAGCAGUACUCCAAGCGCAAGCACAAGCCCAGGCCCAAGCGCAAGCUCAGGCUCAAGCACAGCAGAUGGGGAUGAUGAACCAAGGAGGCAUGCCGGGGCAGAUGGCCAGGCCUAAUAUGGGUCAACCGGAGGCCCAGCAAACCUAUCAGCAUCUACAACAUCAGAUGCAGGCAUCGCCACUCCCACAACAACAACCCCAACCGCAACAGGGAACUAUGGGGAUGGCUAACAAUAUGCAGCCUCAAAACAUGUCUCAGGCUCAACCACAAUUCCAUGUACCCAUGCAACAGCAACAAUCUCAACAGUCGCAGCAGCAACCUCAGCCUGGUAUGAAUAAUCGCCCGCAAGGCGCGCAAGCAUUGACACCGGCGGAGCAAGCAGUGGUACUCGAGAUGACAAAUAGGCAUAUGGCCGCUGCCUCGGAGGAGGACAAAAAUAAUAUACGCAUGAGCAUGCAGGGAAGAAUGGAUCCGGCGACAUUACUCCGCUAUCAGUCUCAAGGAAUAGAUCCUUUGCUUUUGUACUAUCGCAACCAGGUAGUGAGUCGCCUACGACAGGAAAAGCUACGGCAACAACAACUUGCCAACCAGCAGUCGGGCCAAGGCAUGGCAGCCAACAGGCCCCAAUCUGCGGUUCCAAUGCAACAGCAACGAUCGGGAAAUCCUAAUGCCGUUGGAGGCCAAACUCAGGAAUCACAGCAGCAGGUAAUUGGUAAUGCCGAUUUUGGCUUUUUAGGGGGAGUCGACCCUCAACACCAGAACGCAAAUCUUGUUCAAGAGGCGGGGCAAAUCGGAAUUCCGCAAAAUGCCCAACAGGGGAAUACCACACCCCAACCGAUCGCCGGACUGCCGGGUCAGGGUGUAACACCAAACCAGCGUGUUGCGCAGAACCCCAAUGUGAGGGCGCAGCAGCAGUUCAACGCCCAACAAGCUCAACAGGAGCGCAUAAACCAAGCCGCUAAUGUACAGGCACAAGUUCAGGCUCAGGCUCGUGCCAAAGCUCAGCAAAUGGGGCUUCACGGUCAACCUGGUGGCAUGGGACCUAUGCCUCCAGCGCAGAGCCCAGCGAUGAACACGUUAAAUGCCCCUCUCGUCAGAGCGCCCCAGCAGAAUCCUGGAGCAGAGAAUCAGUUGAUCCAAUCUAGCCAAGCACACUUUGGACAGCCUAUCGACCCUCGAUUCGCCGCGGCAAUGAACCAGCGGGCCGGAGGUAAUGGACAGAACGCCGGCAUUAUGUUCCCAGCAAACAUGACGCAAGAGCAACGCGAAAAGCUUUCAGAAUUACCUGCAGAUAAGCUAAAUGAGGUUAUUGGAAAGUGGAAUGAGCGGGUCGUGCCGCCUGGGCAACAUGGUAGGCCAAUGGGGCCAAUGCCAGGGAAUGGCCAAAUGGUCCGACCCAACCAGGGAAUGCCGCAGGCUGGGAUGAAACAACAAAAUGUAGCGAACCAGAUGGGGGCUCAGUUUUUGCCAAAUGGCCAACCAAUUCAACGUCUUAACCAGCAAAUGAUGGCCGGAAUGAACCCGCAGCAGCAGAUGCUCAUGCAGCAGCAGAUGGCGAACAGAAUGUCUCAGCAACAAGCGCAGGGCCGCAAUGUGCCACAGACCCCAAUGGGAGAUGUGGCUGCCAUUAACCAAAUUGACCACAUGGAGUUCCCACCACAAGCGGUUCAAAAUAUUCCACGACAGGUACCACCGGAGAUCAAGAGAUGGGGCCAGUUGAAAACCUGGGUUGCUCAAAACUUUGGAAACAUGCCCCAGUUAUUGGAGCAAGUGAGGCAGCUUCAAAGGAUGCACUACCAAGGCCUCGUCCGCGCCAGAAUGACACCACAGCAGCAGCGUUUUCAGCAACAGGCCGGCAGGAACAUGAACCAAGCAGGCGGCCAGCCACAAAUGGGCGUAAACCCUGCGAUGGGAGCUCCUGUUGCCCAGAUGGGCCAGCCACAGCCGCAACAGAAUCACCAAAUAGCACAGAACAUGGCCAGCGCAGCGACCGUGUCCAUAGAGGACAUCCAAAAAGCUAGAGCGCAUCCAAGCGGAAGAUUGGCAGGCAUGAGUGACGAUCAAAUCAGGGAAACGUUAGUCAAAAAUCAAUUGCUGAACCGACAACGGCAGCUGGCGCAGAUACAACAACAGCAACAACAGAUGCACCAGGGAUUAAUGCCCCAAGCGACUGGACAGACUGGCCCUAUGGCUGCUGCGCAGCAUCCUGGUGGAGCACAACAGCCCCAGGCUCAGCAAGGGCAGGCAGCGCAAGGACAGAAGAUGGCAAGGCCUCAGGGUGGACAACCAGCUGUGCAGCCGACACGCCCACCACAAGCUCAGCCGUCAGUUGAUGUGAAGCAGCCUACAGCUGCGCAAGCGCGUGCCGCAAAGGCUAAGCAGCCAGCGUCAUCUCCACCUCAGCCUCAACAAGGCAAGAACUUGAAGCGAGCUAGUAGUGAUGAUGUUGUUGAGGUUCCGAAUCCAAAUGCUCAGCAAGCUGCCAGGCAGACUCAGCAGCAGCAGGCGAAACAGCAACAGAAACCCGGACAGUCACAACCGCCCCGGUUCAAUCUCACGGCAGAGCAGGUGGCCUCUCUUACUCCCGACCAGAGAAAGCAGUAUAUCCAGAGCAUGCAGCGAUUCCAACAGAACAAACCCCAAGUUGGCCCUCUUCCUACGCCAGAAGACAUGACGCUAUUCCAGUCCAUUAGACAAGAAGAAAUCUCGAAAUUCAAGGCCCCUGAGGAUUUGCCGAUGGAUCAAAUCACGAGGCAAGCUGUGGCGAAUAAGUUGGUUAACACAGCACCGAAGCUCUCAAAUGUCUCCAAAGUGGCGCCACGCUGGUUCGCUAUUACGCAUGAUGAGAACCGAUUGAGAACCUUCUUCCGCACUCAAAUCAAAGUCGCCCAACAGUUCGAGGAUCCGUCAAUGCAGACCCCAAAACAGACCUUUUCUAUGGUGAUGAAAGAUGUCGACGAAGCUUUGAACAUUGCCCAAAACAUGAUUGCGGAUGUGCUUGUCAAGUACCCUGGCCUGUCAAGAUCGCAAGGUGCUGCAGGUCCAGCUACUGGCCAGCCUCCAGCCACUGGCUCUAUACCACAGCCAUCAGUGCCACUCAAUGCGGCCAAUCUUCAGCAACAACAGCAGGCCUUGGCGAAGCAGCAGCAGCAAAACAAGGCUCGCAACCGCUCCGUCAGUAAAUCCCAGACACCGGCGGCACCGACUACUUCGCAACCGCCAUUUGCCCUCAACUCGCCGCAUGGUGUGCCUGUCAUGUAUGGACCGCCGCAGAUCGACUCUACCCAACUCCAUAUCCCGCCCAAGAAGAAGAGGAAGAACAGCAACAGCUCUCCACAAGCUGCCACCCAGAAGAUCCUUACCCCGCAAGCUACUGGUGCGCCGGAUAUGCGUCAAGAUCAACAAGAACAGAUGGGCGAAGUUAAGCAAGGGCCAAAGAUGUGGGCAUGCCCGGAGACCGACUGUGACCAUUUCUUCAACGAUCAAUUUGCGACUGAAGAGGAGCUGGAGAAACACAAGGAAGAAGAACAUCUUAAGCCUUUGAAGGAACCUGUAACGUUUAUGCUAAAUCAAUUGUCGCGGAUGGUUGGCCUGGAGGAGGAUGGAACGACGAAGAAGAGCGAGACAGCAGAUGGGGCCGCUGAUGUCGACAGCAAGGGUGCAGCCGCUUCUGUAGUGCCUAUGAAAGCGCAGGCUAGCACGACCGGAAAGCCUAGCCCCGCCACGUCCAGUAAGACGACAAAGCCAUCCGAUGGGAAACAAGGUACACCAACAGCGAAACAGGCUGCUGCCAAGGGUCAGCCUGCAGCCAAGGCUGAGCCGACGCCAGAGAAUCUAUGGGCGAACUCGUCUGUCAAUCCACAAGACCUGCUGCACAAUUUCCAGAAAUUCGAGACGGGAGCUGGGGGCGCCAUCUCGAACAUGGACGUCUAUCGCUCCAUUACGCCGAACGACACGCCAGAGUCGAGCAAGGAUGGGCUGUCUGAGCCUAAUAGCGAUAUCACGGAGGGCAUGGAUCUGAAUAUCGAUAUUCAGUCGAGUGAGUUUGACGUCAACUGGAUGCCCUUUGGGGCGAGCGUCGCGGACGACCUUCUCGGAUUCGAAGAGAUCACCGUCGGCGGCGUGGACGACUCGGUGAUGGUCGACUCCGACCUGUUGGCGAACAAUGAUUCCCAGUCCUGGGACCAGUUCAUCGACUUCUCAGCGCCGGACAAGCCGUUUCCGUUUGAUACAUCGUUGUUCGGGAUGAACGAACAGGAUCUGUAAGAGGAUGCAUCUUUAUUGAAAGAAAUUUAGAGGAUGGGGGGUUCAUUUUGGGAGUUAUUUUGAUGAGUACUUUGUUUAUGAGGGAAUAUCUUGGGUCGAUUAGAAUUUUACACGGGGCGCGGGAAUUGCGGUAUCAGUUGGAUGGGGGAUUAAAAUUUUUGAGGCGACAGCGCGGCGUUCGGUGGGUGAUUGAUCUACUGUAUGGAAGGGAAGCUGAGCGCGACUGUAGGAAGGAAAGUACGGUUACUCUAGGGGUGUAUAUUUUAGUUUUAGCUCUCGGGCCGUGACGAUAUUUCUCAUGAAUAUUCUUAAUGAUCUAUAUAUGGUUUUAGGCUUUGAGUUGAGCAACGAUGAUUCUAAAAAGUGACAGGUUCGAAAUUCCCCUGCGAGAUAGGGGUUUGCGACUGUGCUACAUGCUUUAAAUAUGACAUCAUGUGACUUUGAAUCAGCCACAGAUCGCUGUGGCUGGGUCGAUCAGGGUCGUCCCCAGCGGCCUAGCAGGGUUACUCGGUAACAGCCGAAUGAGCGUGUGGUUCUCCC